GGACAGCCAUUAAGAAGAGAAGAGAAGAGAAGAGGAGGUCAUGGCUGCUUCUUCAUCAUCAUCGCCAUCGUCAGAGCUUCUUCUUCUUCUUCCUUUUUAGUUCAGAAUCUUGAUUCUUCCUCUCUUCUCCUCCCAAAUCCCAAUCUGAAUCUCAUGGCGGAAGAAGCGGCGGCGGCGGCGGAAGCUAAGCGACGAAUCAAAAUCGAAUCUUGCUUCUGAUAUCUUCUUCUUCUUCAUGCAUCACCGGAGUCAACGUUGGAAGAGUAUUCAGGAUCACGCAUGGCUUCGUCUUCCUCGUCGGCGUCGAGCCCUCAGCAGUACCGGUCACGGUUCGGCGACACCACGUGGACCAAGGUUUUCGUCGGCGGCCUCGCCUGGGAGACUCCCACCGAGGAGCUUCGCCGCCACUUCGAGCCUUUCGGCGACAUCCUCGAGGCCGUCAUCAUCUCCGACAAGGCCACCGGCCGUUCCAAAGGCUACGGCUUCGUGACGUUUCGCGACCCGGAAGCGGCGCAGCGGGCGGUGGCGGACCAGAACCCGGUGAUCGACGGCCGGCGAGCCAACUGCAACAUUGCCUCCAUGGGCAGGCCGAGAACCUCUCCGAGACAGCAAGGGAGGAUCCAGCAAGAAGGGAGCAUGCCACAGGGCGUGGGGCCGACCCAUGGCAGAGUGCCAGCUCACGUGGCCCCACAAGUUAUCUACCCGACUCCCUACGGGUACAUGGCGUCGUACCCUUCUGAGUAUGGAUACCAACAAGCUGCAAUGUACACCUCUCAAAUGGCAGCAGCACCCUACUACUACCCGCAGCUCUACGGACCAACCUCACCAACAAACGUUGGCUCUUCGCCCUAUCAACCCCAUUACCCUAAUCUGGGUUUAGGGUUCCCCAUGCAGUCUCAGAGGGCAGCAGCUUUCCCUCCCCUGCAGGCACCACCAGGCCCAAGGCCACCUUUAAUGCAGCACCCUGCCCCUCACAUGGAAGGCUUGCCCAUGCCUUCCUCUUCCCACAAUUACUUCUUCCAACUCCAUGCCCCACAACAUGCAAUGCCACCCCUGAACUCAACACUGGAUUCACAAGCUCAACAUGAACCCUCCUCCACAAGUGGAGCAGACACUGAUAACCAAGAUGUUUAAAGCAUGCAUGACUUCUCCUUCCUGCUCAUCAUCCAACUUUGAUUGAUUUCACAAAGAAUAAGCUGUGACAAAGCUCAAACAUUCAGCUUGUUUAUUCAUUAUUUGGAAAUAUUUCAAGGGUGACUGAGUUCACUGAUCAAAGCUAGCUACUUUGUUGGGGAGCCCUCCUCCUUUGUGAUGAGCACUAAUUGACUUCAAACUCUUUUGAUUCUGAUUUAUUUUUUUUCUUCUCAUUCUCAUUAUUUUUUUUUUUGUAAGACAUCAUUUUCUGUGCAUCUUUAAUUGAUCUCAAUCUUAAUUAUCAAUAUUGCUUUCUGUUUUCUGA